CAUCACAUUAUCAACUUCGGCACUGUACUGCUCAACAAAAUUCUUCAAAAUCAGGCCCUUGUUUCGGAGUUCGGCCAAUCAUCAAUUAUCAGAAGUUCGUGCCUCAGGAUCUAACAUCACUUACGAACGAAAUAGAGCAGGAAUAUAUCAGGGAAAACAUCGCAAAAGAGGAGUUUACUUGGUUCAGAAUGGACUACGGUUUGCUAUGCAGCGAGGGGGAAGAGAUACGAAGGGCCGUCGCCGACCCAGUUUUGCUACACGAUGAUCAAGUGCUACAAAAACUCUUAGAGGUUGAGGAUAAAUACGUGAAUGCCUCAUCCUAUUUCAAAUUUGUACAAACAGAAUUAAAACCUUACAUGAGAAAAAUGGUAGCUACGUGGAUGUUGGAAGUUUGCGAAGAACAGAAAUGUGAAGAGGAAGUCUUACCGUUGGCAUUAAAUUAUCUAGAUCGCAUUUUAUCUGUGAUCAACAUCAAGAAGAGUCAACUACAACUCCUGGCAUCAGCAUGCAUGUUCCUUAGUUCAAAACUCAAAGAGACAAUUCCACUUACAGCGGAGAAACUUGUGAUAUAUACGGACAGUUCAAUUACAUUAGAGGAAUUAAUGGAAUGGGAACUUUUGUGUUUAUAUGUGUUGAAAUGGGACUUAUCCGCUAUAACGCCAAACGAUUUCUUAGAUCAUUUACUGAAUAGACUACCUUUAGACAGCCAUCGGCGUCAGGUGAUACGAAGACAUGCACAGACCUUUAUUGCAAUAUGUUCAACAGAUGUAGCAUUCAGUAUGCACCCUCCCUCCAUGAUAGCUAGUGCUAGUAUAGCAGCAGCGAUCAAGGGUGUGUUUAGUCCAAUGUGGUAUAUGCAGAAUGGAAUAGCUGAUCUCAUCCAAAGAAUAACGGGAAUAGAAGCAGAUUGCUUACAUUCUUGCCAAGAACAAAUCGAACAGGCCCUGUCAACAAAUCUGCCUCCACCACAAGCUCAGACGCCACCAUCAAAAUGUCCGCCAAUGGAGCAGCCCUCAACGCCAACCGACAUGAUCGACAUACAUUUCUAAGCAAAGGACGGGGAAUUUAACUCGCCACCAAGAUUUCUUCUGGGACUUUUUUGCCCCUGAGUGGGACCCUUGGAGAUUUUCUUGGACUUGACUUGUUAUCUACCUAUGGGAAUGUUGUCUCGUGUUGGACGAGAUUGCUAUUGGACAUUUUUACCGAGAAUGGUCUUGUUAGGUGAUGUGAUAAAGAAAUUGUGAUACUUAUUUUUUUAUAUAUUUGGAAAAGUUACGCUUGGUACUAUAAGUAAAAAUACUGCCAAUUUUUGAAGACUGCUGUCUGUAAGCGGUUUUUGUAGAUCAUAGAAGUAAUGCUGCAGUCAUUUUGCAGUGUUGUACAAUACUGCAGUAAAGGAUGUAACGUAUUGAUCACCAAACUGUGUUCAAAGAUCAGUUUCACGCUGUCCAAAACGUUAGUACGUUUUAUUAUAUUGGGCGUUUUGGAUGAAGCCUACCACUUACCUCACCCUUACUGUGAUAAACUGUUGCUUUUACGUGGCAACUUUAUAGCGCGGUGAAAUAUUGGUCUUCGAUGAUAACGAAUUCGGACGUAACUUUUGUACAUAACCUAUAACUAUGAUACAAUUUUAGUUUUUAUCUGAUUUGUCCAGGUUGUUGUAAUUAGUAUGUGCAAAAACGUUUGUGCGCUCUUUCCGUGUGUCCAAGUACCAAGCACCCUGGAGUGUGAAAACUACCUCAGCAAUUUUGGACACUGUGAUUAAAAACGGCGACUUUUCAUAUCAAUGGUUGUUGUACAUACUGUCAAACCUGGAGUAAAAAAGUUCAAAAGAUAUUCACUGCCUCUAACAUAUAUAACUGGUUUGCAUUUUAGUUUAUCUUGCAUCUAGCGACUCUUUUAAUACUGCUUGUCUUGUUGCAUUUCCAAAAAAAGUACAAUAUUCCAAUAUCAUGCAUUUCCGCAAUUACUCCAAUAUUCCUGCAAUCCAGAAUUAUAUUAUUCCAGAGAUAAACUUUGAGUGAUUUCAUAUAUUCCAAAAACGCAUUUAUCAAAAGUUUAAUCUGAGAAAUUCUGGCAUUAUCCACCGACGAAUAUUUUGUGAUCAAAAGACAAGUGUUCUUUCAGUUAUAACCCAAUCGAAUUACCGUACAAUGUGACAUGGUGCUAAGUCAACGCAUUUCUAAACGAUAUAUAUUUCCCCUCAACCAAACAUUCCGUGUCAAAUUUCCAUGGAAUUUUUUUGGGAUGGGGAGAAAGUGGUCUCUAGGGUUAUUGCCAUAAAACGCGUUUUUCUUGUCUGGCUGUAUUCGUAACUUAUGCAAAGGGCUAGGUAUAAAUAGUAAUUAGAGCCCGUGUAUUUAUUAUCAAUAGUACUAGUUCUGUACGCUGUGUAAUGAAUGAUAUACCUCAGUAAUUGUUUGUCUCCAUACAUCCAUUACAGUAGAACCUCCCUUAGCGGACACCUCUCUAUUAAGGACAACCUCUCUAUUAAGGACACUAGUUUUGUUCCCAAAUUGGUUGUUUCCAUUCAAUUCAACAUCUCUAAUCAGGACACCUCUAUUAAGAAGAGCACUAGUCCGUCCUGAGGGUGUCCUUAAUAGAGAGGUUCUACUGUAUUUAAUUAAUCGUUUGGUCGAUCAGAUGUCCGUUUUAGUUCUUGGUCAACAUGCCAGUUUAUUCUGUACCAAGUCGGUACAAGCCAUUUGUAUAUUGGCUCGCAAGCUACUUUCUCUCCAGGGCUUCCUCUAAAAAAAAUCAAGGGGAAAUGUCCCCCUAAAAUAACUUUGUUUUGUAAUCUGAAGAUAUUAUCAUGAUUUGUGAUCUAAAGGGCAUUUGGAGUCAAUUUAAGGGUUUUGGGUGAAAAGCAACAUCUCAGGAGGGUAAUUCACCAUAAAUACCAUUGAAAAUUUGCUUUUCCAAAUUUGUAUGUCCCACCUCAAAUUUAAUCCUGGCGGAAAAACUGUCAUUGUACCUCGAUAUUAAAACAAAGCAAGCUGAUUUAUAUGUAUUUAUUGGUAGUGCAUGAUAAACAGAUGGUCGAGUGAGAACUCAGAGAGCUCAGUGGAGAGCCCUGCAGUUUGGAAUGUUCAAUUCACUUUGAAGAACAAGUCAAUUUGUCCUGCAUACAUGUUCAAUGAUUCAAUGAUUUGACUGUCUUUUUUUCAUGCAUUAUCCAUGAAUCAAAUGAUCCAAUUCCUCUGUAGUUUAUUUCGUAUUUAUUCAAAAAGAACUGUACAGGUUGGCGUGCUUUGAUUGAACUGGCUCCUGCAAAUCACUGUAAGAGGUCAAAUAGAAUAGAGAACAAAUAAUGUUAAUUUCAUCGGUAGUCUUGGUGAUUUCCUAAGCAGCUCCGUAAUUUUAACAACUCUAAUAUUGCGGGUGAUGCAAGAAUUAUGUUAAAAACUGUUGGCAUUUGAAUUUAAAAAUAAAUCGAGUUGAAAUUUGUUUUUAAGUAUGAUGUUUGUUAUGUGAUUUGAAAUUUAUCAGUUGAGAUUUUGCAAGUGCUGUAUUCGGGCGUGAAUUUCCAAAGUGGCCAAAUUGUCAUUUACUCCACAGGUUAUUACUGAAUCAUUUUGUGGAGGAGUUAGCCGUCUGUUGCAUGCACAUUGUUGUUAAAAAUAAAUCCCUAGAUUGAAGUUAUGUUGAACUCCUCAGUGAGACAAGACCACCAUUUGAAUAUUCAUAGGUUGGAAUUUCCAUACCUAUCAAUUAGACACGAGUGUGUUUAUGUUUUUAACUCUCAAGUGCAUAUUUGGAGAGAUAUUGAAAAGAUAUUUGGUGUGGCAAGUCUACAGAUAUAAAGAAAUUCUUUGAUGAAAAAACUAAUUUUGAAUUUUGCUAAUUUGGCAAUCGUGUUUUGAGAUUUUUCUGCCAGUUGGCUGAAAAGAGUGGAAAUAUCAACUUCUGUCCAAUUUGUCGAUUAUCAAAAAAUUUCCGUGGUCAACUUCCAGUUUACUUUUCACCAUUUACUUGCCUGACUAUCCAGAAGAUCAUAUCAAAAUUUCAGAUUCACAACCCCACGCAGUAUUUGAUGCGUCGCGGUCAAACAUUGACAAUUGAACUGCGAAAAGGCUUAAAAAAUCAAUGGUGGUCUUGUCUCCAGUAAAAUCAUUAGAAUAGGAGCUUUGAAAUUUUCUAUCCUCAGUGUUGCAAAAAUGAAAAUUACGCUUUUUGAAAUUUCUCUCUUGUUGUUCUGCAUCCCAGUUAUGAGAAGUUCUAAGUUACUUUGAUGUUGACUCCUGAAAUCAUUUGAGUCAGAGUUUUAAAAUUUUCGAUUCUUGAAAUAUGUCGUGUUCUAUUCAAAUAUUCUGAAACGUAGUUACUGUUGAACUCCUUUAUAGUUAUGUAAUCAUUCAAGUAGGAGCUUUGAAAUUUUUUAUGAAAAAUUAGGUUUUAAAGUGUGUUUAGUUGCUCCAAUUAUGAACUCCUUUUAAAAUCAUUAUUCCAGUUUAAAGCCUUGAUAUAUUUCGUGAGUCGCAAAAGUAAACAAUUAGGUUUGAAUUAUCUCUUGUUAAAUCCCAAUUAUGAAUAAAUCAAGUUUUUAAAUCUUUCACACGAUUCGAGAAAAAGCUCAAAUCAAUUCCUCUGCAGUUUCAAAAAUAAAAAAUCAGCUCUCAAAAAUCUCUUUUAUAUCAAAGUUUGUUCUGGGAUUGGCAUAGCCUAAGUAAGAAUCAUUCUGUUUUUGAAAGCAUGGAAUAUUUCUAAAUCAGUUUUUUCUCAAUUUGAAUUUUCUCUCCCUUUUUUCUUAAACAGAAAAAAACCCAACUAUUGUAGUUCUGAUUAAGAUAUGUGUGUGUAAAAAAAUACCUCAGCAAAAAAAAACGAGAUAAAAAAUUAUGAUUCUGUAACCGUAUCAUAUGAAUAUACAUAUAUUAUAAGUGUUAGGUUUGACAGAAGUUGGCUUGCUUUCGUAACCGUAAAAAUAUGUCAAAUUAGUUAAUGGAUGGUUAAAAUUUUAUCGUAUCUGCCAUGUGUUCAAAGAAUGCCAUAACGUUAAAAAAGUAAAAAAGUUGGGACCAGGGCACGGUUGCUCUGUUGGCAUAGCAGUAACAAAUUUACUGAAGGAGAUAACGCUUUUUGAGUUAUUCCUUAUAUGCCGAUUGAGCAACAGGUCCAAAACAUAUCCUACGAGUAGCGUGCACAGAUGACCAAACGGACCAAAUGUACAUGACACAACAGUGAAUUUCUUUGUUGGAUUGUCAGUUCUCUAGCUUUGACCAACCGGCGAAGCCAGUUAGUGUCAGUCUGAUUUUCACUCUCGUUUAGUUGCCUGUGUGCCAGAUACUUUUAUAGGGGACAGAUAGGUUCGGAUUUGAUGGGCAUUUCAAGUUGAUUUCGCAUACUUCUAAGAUGGCACGUUGGUGCAUCUUUCUUUCGAAUGUUUUAAAAAGUUUGAAGCAAAAGGCUUACAGUUUGAUGCACAGUUUCUGGCGUUAUCAAUUACUAUUGCAUGAGUUACGAUAUUUGCAAUCUUAAUUUAUGAGUCAAUUUUAUAAGUGCUCAUUGUUUGCCUUUUUCAUUCGAUGUUUUGAUGGUAUUUUUCUCACCGUUGUCCAUUUGAAAUUUUGUUUGAAGAAAACCGAAUAUUUCUAAUAUUAAGUGUCAUCAGCAGUGUCAUACCGCUGGCAGCGCAGUACCCACUUUUUUGUCAAAGUUUGGGCCUGUAAAUCUGGCUAUUCCAACUGCCUAAUGUCAAGAAGGCUAUUCUUCUGGCUGCUUCAAUGGACAAUAUGGUUAUGUCAAUCAAUACCACACAGUUUCUUGCUCCAAGUCGUCGCAACCACAUGUCAAUUCCCAUAAUAUGUGCCCAAUUCAGCGCACGUGAAUUUUUUUGCUGAUGCGUGCACUGUUUAGAAGCAUUAACUGUAAAACCGGUGUGACAGUGAUAUGGGUGCGACUUGGCAAUGAUUCUGUCAGCAGGUUUUCAAGUCUUCUCAGUCCUUAAUUCGUAGGAACAACAAUGAUAAUUUCCAAAUGAAAAAAUUACCUUUUCGUAGGGUUAUAGAUUUUUUUCAUCAUUUGAGAAAGUUGUGGUCAGUUCUUGCACAGUACAUUAUAAGUUAUAUCAUCAUUGGUGAUGAUGGGUUAAAAUGAGAUUCAUGUCACCUUAUAGAUGGUUAUAAAGAUAUAUUUUGUACAUAUUUGAGAUGGGAGCAAAUAAAGUCUGCACUUUUUAAAUUU